GGCUUUUCAUAUCCUUGCCUUGAAUUUUGAAAGCAACGUAAGCACCUAAGGAUGUAUAGAGAGAUAUUCCUGUUUGUACUCCUGUCAGGUUAUGUUUCUACACAGGAUGAAUCAGAAGCCUCUCCACCUUCUGUCACGAAAGUUCAAGAAAAUGCUGUUACCAGAGGCUCACCCAGCCCAGAAAACACAGGAGAAACAGUGAAACAGAUUGACUUCCCUUUCUCAGGACCAGUGACAGCACUCAUUAUCUUUGGAGUGAUGGCUGGUAUCAUUACCAUUAUUCUCUUACCCAGUUACUGUAUUAGUCGCCUGAGAAAGAGAAGGACAGUUGAUGUACAACCUCCAUUGUGA